AUGCAAUUACACCAACUAUCAUACAUUUUACUUAAGAACAUAUUGAAAUACUUGGAUAAAAAUAUAGAUAGAAUCUGUUUAGUAUUGAUAUGCAAACGUUUGUUUGACAAUAGAGAUCAAUUCUUGUAUUUCGAUCAGCCAUUGCCAACACUCUAUAGAUUCGAUCAGAAAUGCUGUUUACAGUCGUUCAAGCAACAAAUACGUAGAUCAAUAGAGAAUAAAUCAUAUACAACUGCAUAUUACUUAAAUACAACUAAAGAAUCAUUUUUAUCUACUAAUACAAAGAAUGACGAUAACAACAACGAAAACAUCGAAAACGACAAAGACAAUUCAUCUGAAUUGAAUAAUCUAAUGCUGAAAUAUGACUUUGUAAUGUUUGGCAAGGAAAAAGAUUAUCUAGAUAAAAUCGAUAGUUAUCCUUUUAGUUUACAAGAAUUGACUUUGAAUGAAACCGUGAAGAAACAGGGAUUCCUAAAGUUCAACUACCGGAAGAAGGAAACGAAAUCACGUUUACCUCAGACCAUUAGAUCGCUGCGGUUGGGCAAUUACUAUAAUCAAUCAACUCCACCCGGUGCAAUUCCGUUCGGUGUCAAGGAGUUGGCGCUGGGCGAGACAUUCUAUCAGCACUUGACGGCAGGUUCCAUUCCAGAGUCCGUUGAGAAACUAGAGCAUGGUCGAUAUCUCUUUUCGAUAACGGUACCGCCGUCGGUCAAAGAGAUACACUAUCCCUGUGGUUUGGCAUCGUCCGAUUUCUUUUUGAAUCUAAUGAGUGUCCAGAAAUAUCAAGUGCAACUCAGUACGGAUUGCAAUUUAACACUCUACAGAGAAAGACAAAACCCAACCGUAUUCAUAACAUUGGAUGAUCAUCUAACCAAAGGAUUAUUUCUUACACUCAAACAACUUAAAAAACUUAUAGACAAACAUAGAUCACCUAUUAUUACGUCGCCAUGA